AUGCAUCCCAGAACCUUGGAGGGAAUUGUAGCAAGCAGGAAGGAUACUGUGCCAAAGGGCGAGCCUGUUGCAAGCGAAGUGACCCUUCGUGUAAGAUCGCCACAUCCUGUCCUCUCCAAGGAAGUCUCUGCGCCUAAAAGAAAAGGAGGUUCCUCUUUAACCACUGAUGUCUCACUCCGAUCAACGCCGAAAUCGUGGCUCUGGCGUCGCAUUCGUGUCAUAUGCGACAAGUGUCCCUGCGGAGUGAGCAAAGACGUCCGCAUUGUCGGAGGGACGGAGGUGUCCCCAGCCUUCAGGUAUCCCUGGCUCGUCGCCCUCUUCGACUCUCCGUACCUGGAGGAGCCCUUCUGCGGCGGGAGCAUCAUUAACCUCCGCUACGUCGUCACGGCCGCGCCCUGUUUGUUCUCGUGGAGGAACAAGCCCAAGCCCGCGACGCUGUUUCGGGCGAGAGUCGCCGAGCACGAUGUGGAUUCUGAGGAGGACGACCUCGAAGGAGUCACGCUGGCGCUGGAGAGCUACAUCGUCCACGAAGGCUUUACGGAAGACUACUUCAACAAGGACAUCGCCCUCUUGCGUCUGGAGGAGGCCCUGGACCUGACGUCGCACCCGGAGGUCCGACCCGUGUGCCUGCCGUCGGACCCGACGAAGGUCUACGCAGGACAAACCGGAAGAGUUCUCGGUGUUUUGAUCACACCCCCCGUGCUGUGCGCAGGUUUGGAAGGCGGCGGCAAGGACUCUUGCUACGGCGACUCGGGGGCCCUCUCAUGGUGA